AUGUAUGACCUCAUUAAUCGAGUGGAGUGGAGAAGCCACAUAGUUGGCGUGGCUGAGUUCCUUCCAAAACUCAAGGAUGCAGUCUAUGAUGUUGAAGACCUUCUUGACGAGCUCAGAUGGUACAACCAUAAGGUGAUAGUGGAGGGCAAUUCAAGCCAAUCAUCUAUUACUGACUUCUUUAACAGCUUCAUCAAUGUGAAUGAUAUCCAUGAAAGGCUAGAUCACAUUUCCAAUCGCCUAGAUAAGAUGGGGUUGGGUGAACUGACACCACGGUUUGACAGAACAGUCAGGCCAGAGACUAGCUCUUUCCCCAAUGAAACAAAAAUAUUUGGUCGUGACAUGGAGCUAAAGCAGAUAUUGAGAGUGCUCGAUGAUUUCGAUGAGAAGAGGCUAACUAAAGAGGCUAUAGAAUCAUGUCCCGAUAAAGAGGCAACAACUAACAAUCUGAAUUCUCUUCAGCUUGCUCUUUCUAAUGUAUUGCACAACAGAAAGUUCUUGAUUGUCCUUGAUGAUUUGUGGGAUGAUGCUUUGAAAGAAAAUGGUCAGUGCUGGAAGAGGUUUUGUGCACCUUUCAGAAAUGUGCUACAAGGAAGUAUGAUGUUAGUCACCACUAGAUCUCGAAAAGUUGCUGAUUUAGUACGCACAAUGGAGCCAAUUAUAUUAGAGGGUUUAAAGGAUGAUGAAUUUUGGAAUUUCUUCAAACUAUGUGUGUUUGGAUCUGAGAGUUCCAAUGAUUUUCCAGAGUUGGAUCUCAUUGGUAGAAAGAUACUUCCUAAAUUGAAGGGCUCUCCUUUAGCGGCUAGAACUCUUGGACGUAUGUUACGGGAUGACCUUCGUACAUCACAUUGGAAUAAUAUACUAGACAGUGAAUUGUGGGAGUUGGACCAAGAGAGGACUGAAAUUGUGCCAGCUCUACGGUUGAGCUACAUAUAUUUACCAUUCCACUUGAAGAGAUGUUUUUCAUUUUGUGCUAUGUAUCCCAAAGAUAAGGAGUUUGAAAAGGACAACAUAGCGGAAAUUUGGGCGGCAGAAGGCUUUGUGAAAUGUCAAGGUGUUGUUCCACUUCAACAUAUUGGCUGUCAAUACUUUAAUGACCUUUUAAAUCGGUCCUUCUUUCAAGAAGUUCAAGGAAAAUACUUAAUCCAUGACUUGUUGCAUGAUAUGGCACAAAAAGUUUCCGAGGAUGAUUGUUUCAUUGUGAAAAGGGCGUCUGACUUCAAAAGGAUUCCUCAGAAUGUCCGGCAUUUGUCAGUACUCAAUGGCAAAGGCAAAUACAAUUUUGACUUGUCGAGCCUAUGCCAGUACAAAAAGCUGCGUACCCUUCUUUGCAACAAACCUUUGGGAAAUAAAAAAACCUCAGGUCGUUUGGUGGGAGAUUGGUGCAAUGAACUUCUGCGUAUGCGUGUGAUUGUUUGUGCAUCUUUGAAUGAGUUACCAGCUAGCAUUGGCAAACUGAAGCAUCUUCGAUACCUUGAGAUAUCAAGAUCUUGUUAUGUCACCAGUUUUCCUACAACAUUAUGUAGGCUCCAUAAUUUACAGGUUUUAUGUGUCAAGAAAUGCCAGGUAGAAAGCUUGCCUAGUGACUUCAAUAGGUUGAUCAACUUAUGGAGAUUUGAAUCAGAGGGAUUUAAAUAUGGUCCAAAUAUUAGAGGAUUUCCAGAAGAAUAUUAUGGAGUACAUAUUGAUGCAGCCGAAGAUAAGUGUGGACUAGGAUGUAGGUUGAUAAAGAAUAUGAAGCAACUUCGUGGGCAUUUGGCGAUAACUGAUGUUUACAACCUAAGCAAGUAUCAUUCAGCAGAAGCCAAACUAAAGAAUAAGGAAUGUUUUGACAAGAUGACGCUGCAUUGGGGACAUCUGGGUAGAAUAUUAUUCUUUGCCACUUCAGAGGAAAACGAUAUAGAAGUCCUUGCAGAUCUACAACCUCCUGCUAGUAUCAAGUCUCUAGUCCUUGACGGGUAUCCAGGUGUUGCCCCUCCGAGCUGGUUUGAGCCACAAAGCCUGUCAAGCUUAACAUCCGUUUCAUUUGUUUGUUGUAAUGUACUCGAGAUACUUAGCAGCACUGGUUUCUCGUCCCUGACAGAUCUAAUCAUUGAUCGUUGCAACCAUUUAUCAAGUCUCGAACAGCUUCUCCAUCCAACUUAUCUGCCAGCUAUCAAGAAAAUUGCAAUAAUGAGUUGCUGGAACUUAAUAACAGUAGGGACCGAAAGAUUUGGGGAUUUUCAUUGCCUUGAAAUAUUCAAGCUGAUGAAUUGUAGAAACAUAAACUCCGAGAGUUUGACUUCCCCAUCUCUCAAGAAGCUCGUGCUAGAUGGUAGCUGUGGGAAUCUCACAGACAAUAUCCAAUGCCGCUCUCUCACCAACUUUUACCUGACACACGGCAGUCUCACGUCCAUCCAACUACAUAUGUGGAAUCUUCCUGCUCUACAGGAAUUGCAUAUUAAAAAUUGUGAAUCUCUUACAUCUAUUGGAGAAGCUGGACAGGUCUUCCCCAACCUCACUUCCCUAACAAUCAGUUACUGCGUAAAACUGUCAACCAUUGAUGGUUUCCUAGAAAUAGAAUAUCUACCUGCCAUUGAGAGUAUUACAUUUCACUGCUGUCCAAAAUUGUUCAUGUACGGUAAAAGGUUUGGGGAUUUUUCUUCUCUGAAGAAUUUGGAAAUUUCUUAUUGCAAGGGUAUCAACUGGGAGGGAUUGGUGUUAUUACCAUCGUCCCUCCAAAGUCUCCACUUAGAAGACUGUGGGGAUAUCUCUGUAUUUAUUCCCAGAUGCUUAGAAAACCUCCAAUCCUUGGUUUCACUAAAAAUAUUAUGGUGUUCGCAUAUAAGAUCCAUUCCAGGCCACCUUUGGAGCAGUACUCUCUCAUCACUCCAGGAAUUACAGAUUUACUAUUGUUCAAACAUUGUUUCUAUUGGUGGAGCAGAUGACAUUUCAGAAAUACAAAAUGUGUUGAUUGAGAGCUGUUACUGUUUGAGGGGUAUAGAGCAGCCCAUGAAAAGAGGCAGCUUCUUGAUAUCCAAGAAGCAGGAGCAGCCUGUGAAAACAAGCUCAAAUUCGAGCGGCGCUCCCGCAGCCGCUGCCGGGAAGGCACGCCCGCCCGCCGCCGCUGCCGCUGCGAAUCUGGUGCAGGCCAUCCCCACCCCACCGGUGAAGAUGCGCAAGGUGGCGGGGGUGAAACGCAGGAAGGUGGCCACAAAAGGUCCGAUCGCCAUCCCAAAAGCUCCAUCGAGGAUGCCCGCCGACGACGCUGCUGCCGCCGCCCCCGAGGUGUUCGAUGGAAUGGGCGCAAGAGGUUCACUCACCAAGUUUUAUGAUGAUGAUGAAGAUGACAAUGGCCCAAUAAACAAGAACAAGCCUGAUGGAAACAAGAAGGUCAAGGACAAGAUCAAGAGGGAAGCGAAGACAUCAAGCUUGCGGGACAAGAUAAAUGCCAUGGUGCAAUCAAAUGAGUUGAUGGUGGCCAAGACAUUGGAGGCAAAGAAGUAG